GGACACGUCCCAAUCGGUUGCUAAUCGGUAACCUUAGACGAAGGGAGACACUGGUUUCUCCCGGUAUACUAACUUUAUAUAUACCGUCCUGUUCAUAACAGGAACCACACAGCGUCGGACCUCCAACAUGACUGAUCAGCUCCCCGCAUAUACUACUCUUCCCCAGCCAGAGCCCGAACCACCACAGUAUACUCUUCCAGAGACGUUCACCAUCGGACGACGCAGCACCCGGCACCUUGUCCGUCCAGACCAGCUUAAGGCCCAUCUUCAGCUCUUAGCGGCGUUCAGUCAUCUUAAGGAGCGCGUCACCGCCAGCGAGAGUCUUGUCGCAGGAUUAGAGACGGACAGCGAGAAACGUUGGGUAUGGUUCGUCAAUUUGGCCGUUGAACGGUUUGAGAGGUGGUGCUUGAAAAUCAAGCAAUCUGAUGAAGUGGAGCGACGCCUGCCACCCAUUGAUGUGACUAUGGUAUGGCAUGCUUAUCUUCUGAAUCCGAGCUGGUAUGCGGAAGACACCACGCGCGUCUCCAAGCUCAAACCUCUCAAAAGUUUCACCGAUUACUUCCCCACACUUCUUGCUAACCCCGAUCUGCUAACUACUGACGCACCGCACCAUGACCGCGUCUCCACUUGGGAGUCCCGUACUAAAACACCUUAUGACCCAUUUGCCUCUGCUGCGGUUCUCACGCACAAAUCCGUCGAGUGCCCUCACUGUCGUGCCACUAUUCUUGCACCGUUCCUGCAGCCUAACGGGAAGGGAUACGCCCAGAGCAACUUUAGUGUUGAGUGUAAAUGUGCUCACCCCAUCACCAAAGAACUUCUCGGCCUGUACAAGUUUGCGAAAAACAUCGUCGAGCCAACAGCGCCUGAUACAUACUUGGCCGGAACCCUUCAUACAUCACGUAACAUCCACGACACUACGCGCGGAGACACGAUCACAAAGCGCGUCCUCAUCUCGAGCAUUCUUUUCAAAGAGAACAAGACAAGCGAUCCCGUGGCCCGGGUCUUGACAAACGUCAAGUAUGACGCUGCGCGCAUGCGUACCGAGCUGAGCAUGCAUUUGAAGUCAAGACUGUUAACCAAGAUCAUGAGUGCCUACACAGACGACAGGGUAUUUUCAAUCGAUCUAGUCGGUGCUGUCCUCCGGCAAGCCUCGUUCGUGAAGAAGAUGGUCGAUCUUGGGUGGACGGAGCCAGGAUAUUUCUCGAGCAAGGCGGACGCGGUGGCACUGCAACACUGUGUAGCUCGGUAUCACGCCUUCUUGGGCCUCAUGGAAGAUUCGCCUGCGUCGUUCUUUGUGCCCACGCUCGACAUUGACCUCGGGUGGCAUACUCACCAGCUCAUGGCGAGUCGGUAUCAGAACGACUGCCUUGCAUUCGUAGGACGAUAUGUUGAUCACGAUGAUAAAGUGGAAGAAGGUGAACUCGCGACCUCCUUCGACCUUACUUGUCGAGCUUGGAAUGACCGCUAUCACGUUCCCUACAUGCACUGCGGGUGUCCACUCCCAGGAGACACGAUUGGUCAAAAGCUCCGACGUAUCGUCUCCUCCUCCCAAGACACCAACAUGCUCCUACUCCCUCCCCAGUCAGACGCACGCGCUGCCACUCACCCAAGCGAUCACAACGCCGUAUUUGCGCUGCACAACAUGUCCGCGAGCCUGCGGCGCCGGGACAAACGCGCGCGCAAGGCAGAGUCACGGAGACUGCGGGCAGAGCAGAAUGGGAGGUUGGUGAGAAGGGAUGGGAAUGUUGAUCACGGGAUUGCAUUUUUGUAUCCUGUGCCGAUGUAUUAUUAUUAUCCUGGUGGAUGCGUUGCCGCUACUGGUGGCGUGGUGAAUGGAGGUUUGGGCUGUGCCAUGGGCGCAGGUGGCUGUUCGACUGGUGCAGUUUGUGGCGGGUCUGCUGCCGGUGCCUGCGGCACGGGAUGUGGUGGAGGCGGCGGCUGUGGUGGAGGUGGAGGUUGCGGUGGAGGUGGUGGCGGUGGCGGUGGAUGCGGCGGUGGGUAAGUCAGACUGUCUGCCAUACUAUCUUUUUUUUUUGGUGGAACAAUAUCUUGAAUGCCCUAUGUAAUUUCCCUGCUGUAAUCUUUCACUAGUAUGAAGAUGUCUAUUAGAUAUCAGACUCCUAAGUCGGACAAGCU